AUGGAGGAAAAUAUUUUUGAUAUAAUUCGGAAGAAUUCUGUGAAGAAGAUAAAAGUUGCUCUGGGUACCGGACUCGAUGUCAAUCAACGAAAUGAGAGAAAAGAGACGCCGUUAUUAGCAUGUGUAAUGCACGUGAAGGAUGUGGGAUGUGUGACCCAGUUAUUAAAUGCGGGAUCUGAUAUCAACGAUCAAAAUGAACGUGGACAAACUGCUUUAAUCUAUGCCAGUAUUCUCAACAAACUUCAAAUGCUGUCUGUUUUAUUGAAACAGAAUGCUGUAGAUGUCAACAAAACAGAUGCUGAUGGUAAUACUGCUCUGAUGUAUGCCUGUGCUCUGGGACAUGCGGAAGUUGUGUCCAGAUUAUUCCAGUCGCAUGAACUCGGGGAACAUAUUUUAGACUUGGAUAUCAAGAACAACGACAGAAUGACUGCUUUGGAUCAUGCUACAGACCGCGGACAUGUUAACAUUAUUAAACUCUUCGCUAAUUUUAAAUCAGAGAAACGCGAAUCACCGGAAACUAACAAGGACGAAAACUGGAUCGAGAUGAAACCAAUGUCGGAUCAUUCUCCGACUACGGUCAAAUGUCGACAGAAUAGUUGGGACAAUAUGCAAAAGGUCAUUGCCCGCGUUCGGAAAGAUUCUGUGGUAGAAAGACCAGACCUUAGCUUAAAAAUGGUGCGACCCCUUGAACCGACCAUAACGGUCACUGCGCCCGGAGAAGAGAGCCACACCGUCGUCAGCUUCGACGAUGAGACAAGUCCAACAAUUCCACAAAAACGGAUUCCUAGAUCCCCUAUCAGCACAAAGAAGGAUUUUAACUAUGCAGAGACCGAUUUGGAAAUUGAGGAUUUCAGUUUAGAAAGUUUGAGUGAUUUGAUCAGAACAGUUCGUCAAUGCGCUCAGGAGAUUCGAGAGAUUCAAGAACCACUUCAAAAUCCGAUUCUGUUAACUCCACCAAAAUCGGAAAGAAAACGAAAGGAGAAGAAAAAGGGGAAGGAAGGUGGAAAUCUCCGAGCGAAAAACACUGCGCUGAGACCCGAUUCUAUUCGUUUAGAAAUUCCAGAAACCCCUCGAACUCGCCCAAUGACAUUGUCCGACGAGGAGAAUGCUGUUGGUGACGUCGAUGCCUUGUCUCAAACAUGGCCACGACAAAAAGACAUGAGCACUGAGCGUCGGAUGCAACGACCUGAUUUGUUAGUGAAGCGGGCAUCCAGCAUGUCUCCAGCCAAACCUCGACAGAAAACAAACGGCGACGAAAAGCAUCUCUUUAGUAGAAUGAUAGAAAAAUUCACUCAUCGAAAAAAUCAAAAAUUGACAUCGUCUGCACCAGGCAACAUCGAUCAACCCAGCACUUCCGGUACCCAUGAUGCAAGGAUCACAAUUCCCAGCAUUCAUCAGAGUAUCAGCAAAACGCCAAUCAUUCGACAAGAUUCGAAAUCCAGUACAAAUUCUGGUUUUGAGAAUCCUGGUUACACAGUCGAAAUAAUCCCGCCCCCAGAACCGCCGCUGGAGCGUUACUAA